CAACCUCGCACUGGCUACCUGGUCGGCUGCCACAUGAGACCCGAACCUAGGUGGACUGGAGCCCUCCACACAUCACCGCCGCCAUCCCGCAUCGAGCAUUGGCAUUUCGGCAUCGUUUCCCGCCUAGCACCGCAAACGCCGACGCCCGCCCGCCUGCUGCCGUCCUGAUCACUCCGCAUUCCGCGAUUGAGCCCACGACCCUGCUGGCCCGCGGGGACCGUGGUGCGCAUGGCCUAGGCACCGAUUCCUGCACGACGUCACACACAACACACACGUACAACACGCGCGCACAUUCUCGUGCCGACGCCCGCUGCCCGAAAUAAUCUGCCGCCGCAACAAGCGUCCCUCGCCUGCCCGACUGUUUGUAUCGCCGCCCGCCCGACUCGCGUCCGACGGCCCCGACGCCUCGAAUCCCCCUUCGGCUCGCGGCGCAUCAACCGGCGCGCGCGCGCGACGGCCCUGGUCAAGGUGGCGACCGUCGCUCUGAUCCGCUGCCGCCCCGACGCCGAGCUGUCGCUGCAGCAGCACCUGGAGCUCGCCCCCAAUCUCGUCCACUCUCCCACUGCCGUCGCCGAGGAGGAAGGCGCGCAGCCGAUGAUGGCACAACCCGUGCCUCAUCCACCGACCGACAAAAGGCGCGUCAAGGUCUACGAGCUCCGUAACAAUGACUGGUUCGACCGAGGCACCGGCUUCUGUACCGCCUCCUACAUCUCGAACUCUGACAGCGACAGCCCAAAGGAACCGAGGGUCGUAGUCGAGUCGGAAGACCAUCCGGAACGGGUCUUAUUAGAGACCCGGAUCUGUAAAGAAGAUGGCUUCCAGAAACAACAAGACACACUCAUCGUGUGGACGGAGCCCACGAACGGGAUAGACAUGGCUUUGAGCUUCCAAGAGGCCGAAGGAUGCCUGUUGAUAUGGAAAUUUAUCCACAGCGUCCAGACCUCCUUUACUAACUCUAUGGGUCCUCACGAUGACAGCCUCUCCGACGACCUUGCUCUUGAGCUUCCGAACCCCAUCUCGCUACCCCCACCCGAUCUCGCAAGCCUCGCCGAACUGGAGCAAUCGAUCCGCAUCAUGAGCUCGAGUGCCACGGGCAGGGAAGCGCUGACAAAGUGCAUAAUCAUGGAGGACUACAUCGCCCGGCUGAUCCCGCUCGUGGAGAUGGCAGAAGACCUGGAGAGUUUGGCCGACCUCCACCGGCUGUGCAAUAUAAUGAAGUCUAUUCUCCUGCUUAACGACACAGGAAUCAUUGAGCACGCCGUCUCGGACGAGUGCGUCCUAGGUGUCGUCGGCGCUCUCGAGUACGACCCCGACUUCCCGAGCCACAAGGCGAACCAUCGCCAGUGGCUUAGCAAUCAGGGCCGGUAUAAAGAGGUGGUCAAGAUUCAGGACGACCUCGUCAGGAGAAAGAUACACCAAACCUACCGGCUGCAGUACCUCAAGGACGUUGUCCUGGCCAGGAUCUUGGACGAUCCCACCUUCUCCGUUCUCAACUCGCUCAUCUUCUUCAACCAGGUGGACAUUGUGCAGCAUCUACAGUCCACCCCCGAAUUCCUCAAAGACCUGUUCGGCAUAUUCACCGACGACACGGCGGAGCAGCUGCGUCAAAAGGAAGCUGUGCUCUUCAUCCAACAGUGCUGCGCUAUAGCAAAGAAUCUGCAGGUGCCAGCGAGACAGAACCUGUACAACAACUUCCUGACCCACGGCCUGCUCCAGGUCGUCAACUUUGGCCUUCGGAAUCCGGACGUGUCGGUGAGGGUGGGGGCAACGGAUAUCCUGGUGUCUAUGAUAGACAACGACCCGCAGAUGAUUCGUCAGACGACAUACCGCCAGCAGCGCGAGAACCAGCCGCCCCUGACGGACACGCUUAUCGACUUGCUGCUCGUUGAGGUCGACCUCGGUAUCAAGUCGCAGAUCUCGGACGCCCUCAAAGUGCUGCUCGACCCGAAUCCCCCGGGGCCACCACCCGAGGCCGUCCAUAAGGUGAACGGCGAGGUAGUGGCUAGGCGCCCGCCUCAGUCGGAUCCUCAGCAGGAGCUGUUUCUGCAACACUUCUACCAGAAUGGCGUUCCCAGGUUAUUCAAGCCACUCACCAGCUUGCGCGGCCAGACAGACCUGGAAUUCUCCGUGACCAACGAUGGCAUCUUUGGCUAUCUCAACGAGAUUCUUUGCUUUUACAUUCGGCAGCACCCGGGUCUGUGCAAGUUGUUCAUUGUGAACCACAACAUCACCCAGCGGUUUAUGCAGUUGAUGGUGUGUCGAAACAAACAUCUGCAGCUCGUUGCGCUACGAUACUUCCGUCAGCUCGUACUCCUCAAGGACACAUUCUGGCACACGCAACUGACUAACAAUUUCGUGUUUGCGCCGGUACUGGAUGUUUUGACGCAAACACUGCCUCGGGACAACCUGCUAUGCUCUGCUAUCCUGGAGCUCUUCGAUCUGGUUGGCAAUGAGGACUAUAGGGAGUUGACCAAGCACGUCAUGUUCACGCUCGGGAAUAGGAUCCAAGCUCUGUCGUACAUGAACCCGUUCCGAGCCAUCAUCCAGGCCUAUGAGCAGACACGGGGCUUCGCCGUGAAGCCUGCUCCUGCUCCUGCGCCCGCCGGCCAGCCACAAGGACAGCCCCAGCCCCAGACACAAGGCUAUUCCGCCGCCAUGGACACAUACUUGAUGAACAGCGAGGACGACAUAGUGGCGGCAAGGCGACGGGCAGCCUCGACUAUGAGGGGAAUAGGCGAGCACAUUACAGUUGAUCCCGAAGAGGAGGCGUUUUGGGACGCCAACGAUGACGAGGACGAAGCGCAGAUUCGAGCAUCUGCCACCGGAAACCAGCCAUCCAAGCCCCUGGUGGACUAUGCUUCGGACGAGGAAGGGGACGAGAAUGUGGACACGGAGAUGACACCGGCCAUCAUCACAGCACAAGAGGAGGGAGCAAAGCUGGCGGUCGCUGCUGAGGGAGAGGAGGUAGCGCAUAGCGACUCGGCAGGUCAGCCCGCUCCACCAGUGGAGCGCAUAUCCGAAAAGAGGCGGCGUGAAGAGGACGAGGAAGACGAGCUUGGAAAGUUGCUGCAGACCAGCAAGCGCCGCAACAGCAGCUCGGCCAGCAUGAGCUCGACGGGCUCGACUGGGCUUCGUAAAAAGAUGGGUAUGGGUGGCAGCGGGCGCGAAUCCCCAAACGGCGCAAGCAAAAAGAUUGCCAUUUCCAUCUCAUCGUCGCUGAAGCUCGCCGCCGGGCAGACCGCCGCAGACGACGCCGGGCAGUGAACCGGCCGGCCGACAGCUCGCUCCUUUUGGGCAGUCGCGUCAGGCCCUCCCUUUCCCCGUCUCAUCCAGCUCUGUUUCUUUGCUCCUGCCGAGCCAGAGCUUUGGGCUGCUUCCUCGAACUGGCCGGAUUUUCAGCUCGUCUUGGAAGCCGAGGAUAUCUAUCCCCUCAUCCAGGAGGCCACCGCAGUUCCGUUUCUUUCCAUAUCGCGCUGCCACUUGCUCUGUCCCGUUCUGAAUGCCGGUAUGACUUUUUCGCGAAAUCACAUUUUGCUGACACAGGCGGCGUUUGGUUCUCAAUACUCCUUAUCCUCCCAUCUCUCUCUCUCCUUCAGUGGUAUUCUGGGCUGGGCCGGGCGAAAUCUAGGAUGUCUUUGUAUCAUCAUUAUCCCUGAAGCGGGGGCGCGCGUCGAGCGCGUGCAAGUGUGUGCUGUGUGGGCGUUGGCGCGUUCUGGUCGAGGUCGGGCUUGCGACGCCUCCAUCUCUAUGCCUAUAUAUAUAUAAAUAUGUCAGCCAUGGGAUAAAGUUUCGAGGACAGGCAUUUCCCGCGUUUUCCUUCUUGGUGACUGGACUGUUGUGCAUCAUCUGCCAUGCCGCCCAGCUUGGAUGUUGUCGCGCAUUGGUGGGUGACGCUGGUGGUGUAUGCCUUGGGGGG